CGCGAGAAGCUAGCCGAUCUUUGAACUCAGCCGUCCUCCACACCUGCAAAACCAAAGGAAUUGAGCAAGGAAGUACGUAGCUAGGCAGAUAUCAUCGGAGGCACGCACGCACGCACGAUGGCCACCAUCUCUUCUUGCAGCCGCCUGUGCGGCGGCGGCGGCGGCAGCAGCACCGCCUUCCACCGCCGCCGCAGCCGGCCCGCGCGGGCCGCCGUUAUCACCUGCCGGAGGUUCUCGGCCGUCGUCCGCGCGGCCGCGGCCGCCUCUGCCACCGCCGCGGCGCCCGUGUCCGUCGUGCCACAGAGCAAGGAGGUGAAGCUUCCAACGUGGGCGGAGUUCGAGCUGGGGAAGGCGCCGGUGUACUGGAAGACCACCAACGGCCUUCCUCCAGCCCCGGGAGAGGGCCUGAAGAUAUUCUACAACCCAGGGACGAGCAAGCUGACACCCAACGAGCAGUUCGGCAUCGCGUUUAACGGGGGCUUUAACCAGCCGAUCAUGUGCGGCGGCGAGCCGAGGCAGAUGACGCUGCAGGAGAGGGGGAAAGCCUGCCCCCCCAUCUACACCAUCAGGAUCCGGGUGCCGCAGCAUGCCAUGUCUCUGGUUUUCUCCUUCACCAACGGAAAUGAAUGGGACGGGGCAUACACCCUCAAGUUCAAGGUCCCCAAGCCAUGGCUCGACAAGCCUCUGAGCUUCUUCAACGAGGGGCUGGCUGACGAGCUCAACAUGGAGGGCGCCUGCGACAGGGCCAUCUUCCCGGAUGAGAACAUCGUCAUCACAAGCUGCGACAUCGGCGGCUUCUACGAGGAGGGGGGAGACCGGUGCAAGCUGGACAUCGUGAGCGGGUGCAUGGACCCGACCUCGCACAUGUUCGACCCGCUGGCCACCAUCGACGACGGCUCCUGCCCGCUGGACUCUGAUACGGAGGAGUGACCACCACCAAGACGACAUGAGCAGCAGCUUCACAAUAUGUACUCAUAAGACGAGGAGAGGAGAGCCACAAUUGGUCGAUGUGCGCGCCCUCCUCUCUCGUUUAUAUACUUGUAAAAAGGGAAUGGUUGUGAUACGAUUAAAGGAAGAAGGAUAGUACGACAGUGCGCACUAGGUGGACACGAGCGUUUCGCUGGAAACAUGGAUGCAUGACAUGUGCUGAUUCUAUCUCUCAAACAAAUGUACAUGAAAGGAAAAACAGCAUAGUACCUGUUUUGUAAGGUGCAGGCAUGGCCAGGGGAGUUCAGGAAUUCUUUUUUU